GGAAGGUGCCAGCAUGGGUUUGUCGCAUACUACGUUCCAUGCUGUCUGUCCUUGGCGCCGCAGCUGCCUGCAGGCCGCCCGGCCAAGGACUCCAGCCUGUGUCCCGCAGCACGCCGGCAGCACCCAGGUUGGCCACUGGGGGCGUCUGAGGGUGUCCGGCGCUCUGGCCCGCUCGAGUGCUCUAUGGUUCCGCGUCUCCCGGCUGCGCUCCGGGCUGAAUGGUUUGGAGCGGAGGACGGCCUGCGGUCCUGGGCAUACGACCGCCUCCAGGACGCGAGGCCGUGAGUGCAGACGCUAGCCAAUCCAGCCCUAACCCCGCCUGGCCCAGUCCAAAGGCAAUGCGGCCAUGUGGCUCCCACCCUUACUGGGUUAGGCCACAAGCCCACUCACAACCGCCCUGCCCCAGACUCUGAGGGAGACUUGGGAUCCCACCCCAGACCUGGCCUUGAACUCAGCCCCAGCUGCCAGGGCCUGGGCUCCGGCAACCCUACGGGCUGGCCCUGGCCCCGGCGCUUCGGGUCAUGCACGGGAAGCUGCUGCUGCUGGCCGGUCUCUACCUGGUGCAGGGCCUGCCCUAUGGGCUGCAGUCUGGCCUGCUGCCCAUGCUGCUGCGAGCUGGUGGUCUCUCCCUGACUCGCGUGGGACUGGCCAAGGUGCUGUAUGCGCCAUGGCUGUUCAAGCUGGUGUGGGCACCACUGGUGGACACGCGGGGCUCCCCGAGGUCCUGGGUAGUGGUCAGCACGGCUGCUUUGGGCCUGCUGUGUGGGCUGCUGGCAGCCUUGCCUCCCGCUGAAGCUGGCCAGGCCGGGCUGCCUGUCACUGUGGCAGGGCUGCUUCUGCUAGUGCAGGAUGUGGCCCUGGACGUGCUGGCCGUGCAGCUCCUGGAGCCAGCGGAGCUGGGGCCUGGCAACACCGUGCAGGUGGUCGCUUACAAGCUGGGGUCGGUGCUGGCCGGCGGUGGGCUGCUGGCCCUCGUACCCACCCUCUCCUGGCCCCUGCUCUUUCUGCUCCUGGCCACCAUCUACUGGCUGGCUGCUGCCCUGGCCUGGGCUGCGCCGGCCUUGCAACAGCUGCCCAGGCCUCAGCCCUCAGAACUACCCCCACACACCCUGCGCCUUCUGCGGGACUUGCUGGCUGUGUCGGGGACCCUGUGGAUGGCAGGCUUCGUGCUAACUUACAAGUUGGGUGAGCAGGGCGCCAGCAGCCUGUUCCCACUCCUCUUGCUGGACCGAGGCCUCUCUGCCCCAGAGCUGGGGCUGUGGAAUGCUGUGGGUGCCGUGGCCUGCUCCAUCGCUGGCUCGUCCCUGGGUGGGGCCCUGCUGGCCAGGCACCGGCAGCUGCUGCCCCUGCUGCGGUCAGUGCUGCAGCUGCGCCUUGGAGGCCUCGCCUGCCAGAGCGCCUUGCUCUUCUACCUGGACGCCCCAGGGACCAGGCUGGGCCCAGGAACAGUUUUGAGAGGGGCAGCCUUGCUAAGCCUGUGUCUGCAGCACUUCCUGGGGGGCCUGGUCACAACCGCCACCUUCACACUGAUGAUGCGCUGCAGCCAGCUGGCACCCAGUGCCCUGCAGGGCACACACUAUAGCCUCCUGGCCACCCUGGAGCUGCUGGGGAAGCUGCUGCUGGGCACAAUGGCUGGAGCCCUGGCUGACAGCCUGGGGCUGCCCUGCUGCUUCUCUCUGUUCCUUGCUCUCUCAGCCAUGCCCAUUCUGUACCUGAGCCUGGCACCUGGCACCCUGGCUUGAGCUGGGCAAAUAGAUUAGCUAAUAAAGAUGAGUAAGACUGUG